GUGCCAAGCAGCUGUUGCGUCUUCUGCACGAUGGCGAGGCUGCUGCUCACGGGCCUGCGCUCUUUUUCCUCCAAAGUCUCACCUCAGCAGUUCCAGAGGGUCACCCCCCUUUGGCAAAAUGUCCCAAGAUACCUGAGCACCACACAGAGCCUUCCAGCAGUUCGCAAAUUCACCGAGAAGCAUGAGUGGGUGGACAUGGAUGGCAAAAUAGGUACUGUUGGCAUCACAGACUAUGCUCAGGAAGCCCUUGGGGAUAUUGUGUAUGCUCAGCUCCCAGAGGUUGACUCUGAAUAUGAACAAAUGGAUGAAUGUGGUGCUUUAGAAAGUGUAAAAGCUGCCAGUGAGUUGUACUGCCCAGUGAGUGGAAAAGUAACUGAAGUUAACUCAGCAGUUGAAGACCAGCCGGCUCUGAUUAACCAGAGCUGUUAUGAUAAAGGUUGGCUCUUCAAGCUGGAAUUGACAGUACCAUCAGAACUAGAUGAACUGAUGGAUGAAGAAGCCUACAACAAGUUCUUGAAGGAGAAUGAAGAAUAGAAUAUCCCUGUAUUAAGGAAAUGUAUCCUGGAGGUUGUGCACACCCAUUAGUACUUCCAGGUAAACUGUGCUAGCACAUGUCAACUUAAUGUUAUGCAAUAUACCCACUAGCUCUGUUCCUCACUUAACACAGAUGCACAUCAUGGAUUAGUUGUAUCAAGUAAAAUGCCGAAAAGGGUUAAUUCAGUAAAGUUUUUCGCUUAGCACAAUUUUUUGAAAGUAAUGGCAAAUAGCUCAACUUACAGGAUAAAAUGGAUGAAAUGUUACCAGUGUGAAUGUGGAAGGAGCGUCUUCAGAGUACUAAGGGGUUAAGUUGAUAUAUGGGAUGCAUAAUAAAUAUGGUCACAUUUUGAUGGUGAUAUUUUCCUACUGUUGAAAUUUAAUUGAACUAAUAAGGAUUAGGGGAUCUAACACAAAAGUUAAUGCUUUUAUUUCAUUAAUACUUUAAUGUUUGUAUACCUAAUUUUUUCCUGUCACUGUAUACCCUCUAAUAAGUGCUAUAGCAUAAUAUUUUUUACCUGGUGACUGAAGUUUUCACUUUAUUCUUUGUAAUAUCUUUUUUCACAGUGAAAAUGGUUGUGUAAUUAAGUGUAAAUAAAAGAGUUAUUGAC